AUGUCGGAUCCAAUGAGAUCAAAGUAUCCCAUGUGGAAACUUGCCCUUCAUAAGUUCCAGGCCAGACGAGAUAUACCCUUUCGAAGAAAGUUCUUCAUAGGCUAUGAUCUUUUUGGUAAUACUUAUUGGGAAUUCACUAUCGACGGCAAUUUACAACGAUUAAGAAGGAAAAUGGAACCAUAUAAGGAACAACUCUUCAAAGUGGAUUAUUUUUCAACUGUACCACCUCCCUGGUUACAAUGGUUAAGACGUACAAGAUAUGAUGCUCCUACCCUUCAAGAAUUAAUUGAAGAACAAUCAAGACAAGAAAGAAUUAAGUUAUUGGCUCAAAAUGCUGAUGCCAAGUGGUAUAAUGCGAAAUUAAAGUUGGAUGAGGAACAAAGAUUGAAAUUGGCAGAUGAAAUAGCGAGAAGUGAACAAGAGGCUCAACUGUUCAAACAGAAGUAUGCUAGUGAAACAGAAAAAGAAACAGAAAAAGAAAAAGAUGUAGAUGUAGAUCCCUGGAAACAAUCCGAGGAAUCAAAGAACGAAGAUCCGAUUCAAUCGACUUCCAUAAAACCUGGUUCCAGGUAG